GCGACGCUCCCGCGAGGGGACCUACGAAACGAACCUGCAGCCUGCAGCGCGGGGCUUGCCCGCACGUCGUGUUCCAGCCGAGCCAGACGCGCCGUCAUGAGGCCAGCGCGGCGGCGUUCCGCACAGCACUAUAAGAUUGAUAUUAAAGACAUGGUUUUCACCCCUCUUCAUCAACGCACAUAAGUUAUCUCUUCUUUUUGGACCCCUAUUUUAUACCACAAUGCAACAAGCUUUAGAACUAGCUUUGGAUCGUGCUGAGUAUGUCAUUGAAAGUGCCCGACAGAGACCUCCUAAAAGGAAAUACCUGUCUAGUGGAAGAAAAUCUGUAUUUCAAAAACUUUAUGACUUAUAUAUUGAAGAAUGUGAAAAAGAGCCUGAAGUUAAGAAAUUAAGAAGAAAUGUGAAUUUGUUAGAGAAGCUUGUUAUGCAAGAGACAUUGUCCUGUUUAGUGGUCAACCUAUACCCAGGAAAUGAGGGAUAUUCUCUGAUGCUCAGGGGAAAAAAUGGAUCAGAUUCUGAGACCAUUCGACUGCCUUAUGAAGAAGGAGAAUUGCUUGAAUACUUGGAUGCAGAAGAAUUACCUCCUAUUUUGGUUGAUCUCCUAGAAAAAUCUCAGGUUAAUAUUUUUCAUUGUGGAUGUGUCAUAGCAGAAAUACGUGACUACAGGCAGUCCAGUAAUAUGAAGUCUCCUGGUUACCAAAGUAGGCAUAUUCUCUUACGACCAACAAUGCAGACUUUGAUCUGUGAUGUACAUUCAAUAACAAGCGAUAACCACAAAUGGACCCAGGAAGAUAAACUUUUGCUUGAGAGCCAACUGAUCCUAGCUACAGCAGAACCAUUGUGUCUUGAUCCUUCUAUAGCAGUAACCUGCACUGCAAACAGACUGCUUUAUAAUAAGCAAAAGAUGAACACGCGCCCAAUGAAACGGUGUUUCAAGAGGUAUUCCAGGUCUUCUCUGAACCGGCAACAGGAUCUGUCCCAUUGUCCACCUCCUCCACAGCUAAAAUUACUUGAUUUCUUACAAAAAAGGAAGGAAAGAAAAGCAGGUCAACAUUAUGACCUCAAGAUAUCCAAAGCAGGAAAUUGUGUAGAUAUGUGGAAGCGGAGUCCCUGUAAUUUGGCCAUACCUUCUGAAGUGGAUGUGGAGAAAUAUGCUAAAGUGGAAAAGUCCAUCAAAUCUGAUGACUCACAACCAACAGUCUGGCCAGCCCAUGAUGUAAAAGAUGAUUAUGUAUUUGAAUGUGAAGCUGGUAAUCAGUAUCAGAAAACAAAGCUGACCAUUUUGCAGUCACUUGGUGAUCCACUUUACUAUGGUAAAAUACAGCCAUGUAAAGAAGAUGAAGAAAAUGACAACCAGGUGUCUCCAUCCCACUCCUCCACAGAUGAUCAUUCAAAUUGGUUUAUUAUUGGAUCAAAGACUGAUGCUGAGAGGGUAGUCAAUCAAUACCAGGAAUUGGUCCAGAAUGAAGCCAAAUGCCCAGUCAAAAUGUCACACAGCUCCAGUGGCUCAGCCAGCUUGAGUCAGCUUUCUCCAGGGAAAGAAACAGAACAGCCCGAGACUGUGUCAGUUCAGUCAUCAGUAUUGGGAAAGGGAGUAAAACAUCGACCUCCACCCAUCAAACUUCCCUCAAGCUCAGGAGGUAGUUCUUCAGGUAACUAUUUUACACCACAGCAGGCCAGCAGCUUUCUUAAAUCUCCAACUCCUCCUCCUGCUUCCAAGCCACCAAGUCUUUCUCGGAAGUCAUCUGUGGAUCUCAAUCAAGUUAGCAUGCUUUCUCCAGCUGCCCUGUCACCUGCCAGCUCAUCACAAAGAACCACGGCCACCCAGGUCAUGGCAAACUCUGCUGGACUUAACUUCAUCAAUGUAGUGGGCUCUGUUUGUGGAGCUCAGGCUUUGAUGAGUGGUUCAAACCCUAUGCUGGGCUGUAACACUGGUGCCAUAACUCCUGCAGGAAUAAACCUGAGUGGCCUUCUACCCUCAGGCGGUCUGCUACCAAAUGCAUUGCCCGGUGCAAUGCAGGCAGCUUCUCAAGCAGGUGUUCCAUUUGGUUUAAAAAAUACUUCAAAUCUCAGGCCCUUAAAUCUACUCCAGCUUCCAGGUGGUUCACUCAUUUUUAACACUCUACAGCAGCAACAGCAGCAGCUCUCUCAGUUUACACCACAGCAGCCUCAGCAACCUACAACUUCUAGUCCGCAACAGCCAGGGGAUCAGGGUUCUGAACAAGGUUCAACCAGUCAAGAACAGGCCUUAUCUGCUCAGCACGCUGCUGUUAUUAACCUUGCUGGAGUAGGAAGUUUUAUGCAAUCACAGGCAGCUGUGUUGUCUCAGCUUGGCUCUGCCGAGAACAGACCUGAGCAAAGCCUUCCUCAGCAGAGAUUCCAGCUCUCCUCUGCCUUUCAACAGCAGCAGCAACAGAUACAACAGUUGCGAUUCUUGCAGCAUCAAAUGGCUAUGGCAGCAGCAGCAGCACAAACAGCUCAGCUACAUCGUCAUCGGCAUACAGGCAGCCAGUCAAAAAGUAAAAUGAAGAGAGGCACGCCAACCACUCCAAAAUUCUGAGUCUUGCUUUUCUUUUUUUUUUUCUCUUUCUUAAAACCAUAAGAGCAUUGAAUCAAAGGAUUCUGAGUUUCUACUUCAUUUUUUGGUUUUGUUUUUUUAAAUGUGUCAGUAUUUUACAUUGCUAGAUGUACAAACUUUAUACAAAAGCACAACCCUAUGAUUUUUAAUUAAAAACAGGGAGAUGGUUUAACGAACCAUUAGGGUUGGUUUGCCUAAGUCAUUGCUUUUUAAAAAUGGUUUCACUGUACAUACUACAUACGGAAGUGACCUAAGAAAUACUAGAAACAUCUUUCUGAAGAAUGUAGUUUGAUAUUUAUUUAGUAUAAAAGGUUUGUGCACAGUGUAACAAAUACAGUUUUUACAAAUCCGUUUUGAAAA